AUGCCAUUCCGCAUCCUUCAAAGACCCCGCGGUCUUCAAGCUCAACUCCCAUACAAGACCCACCCCAUCUAUCAGCUCCGCCGCGCUAGCAUCUACGUCGCCAUCAUCGGCGGCAUCCUCACCCUCUUAGCAUCCACAUCCGACUACUACGACCUUAACGAGCAGCCCAUUUACGGCUACGCCCUAUUCCUCCUCUUCAUAUCCUUCCUCUUUUGCCUCCACGAUUUGGCAACCUACGCAAUCGCAAAGAUAACCCAAGCGCCCCUCCAGCCUUCACUUCUCCCGUCAACUCGUACCGAAGCACGACACUCUGACAAUGGGGAUGACGACGAUAACCCGAAACCUAAAUGGCCGAGGAAGAGAUCCGUGAUUACUGAUGGCGUUCUUGCGGUCCUUCUUCAAGUGAUGUUCUGGUUCUUCAUGGCGUCCAGGUCGUACCGCUCUACAGCGACCGGGGCGUAUGCGGGUUUGGCAAUCUUAGUGGCUAGUAUACUGCACGGGAUGGCUUUUUGGAGAGGGCUCAUGGCGCGGAAACAUGCUCAGUGGCGGGCGGAGUUGCAGGCGAAGCCUUGCGCAAGAUGCGGGUUCUUUGAUUCGGAACAUGGAGAUGAAGGGAGAGCACAAACUUCAGGAGAGUGUCUGCGACAAGACUUACAGGGAGUGCAAAUCCCAGGAGAUUGGCGAGUUGGUGCAAUGGCGGAGCAAAAUCGAAACGCAGUAGAUGUUGAUGUUGAGGCUAGAAAAGACGCCGAGCGAGACCUGCUGCUGACGCCGGAAGGUAGCACGUCGUCGAGGAGCCAAGGAUAUGGGAUGCUUAAGCGAACUGCAGAACCGAUGCCGUCCGUGCAGGAGAAGACUGUGAAGAAGAAGGGGAAGAAAAGAGUCGUGGUCGAUGGAAGUGACGCGGAGUAG